AUGGACUGGAUUGACCAAUACAGAACGCCAACGACAAAGACGGUCAAGGCGCCAAAAAAGACUGCGAAAAACCCACCGGGCUUCAACGACCAGUUCUUCAAGCAAUGGAAGGACGGCAAGGUGAAAACGACCGAAAAAUCCAGCGAAAAGUCCUACGACCUUGAAAAGCUCAAGAAGCAAAGGGCCUGGGACGUGGCCAUCUCGCCAGCGAAAAAUAUCCCCAUGAACCUCAUCAUGAUGUACAUGUCGCCGAACUCGCUGCAAUUGAUCCCAAUCAUGAUGGUUCUGAUGCUGUUUGUCAACUCGGCCAAGGAAAUCUUCCAGGUCAAGGAGAAGUUUGAGGUGUUGGAGCUGAAAAACGAUCCGGAUAAAACUAUGCUACAGAUUCUAUAUGUGGCAUGCUGUCUGGGUAACAUGCUGGUGGGCGUCUGGAAAUUGAACAAGCUGGGCUUGAUCCCAAACAGAAGCAGCGACUGGCUCAGCUGGGAACAGGUCCAGAUCUAG